AUGUGUGAGACGCGGUCACGUGAGUGUUGUGUGCUGUCUGUGGCCUGUGCUGAGAAUCUGGGCCAGGGGGUGUGGGCCGUCUGGCCGCGUGCGCAUGGGCACUGGGCAGUUGGCAAUGAAUUGGAUGUGGGUAAGCGGGCCUACGGGGUUCCUCUGGGAUCAAGAACCAGCGCCAGUACCCAAUCCAGAAAGCCUCAAGAACUAAGCCGUUUUGUUCUGAUUGAUGAUUCUCCGACGGAUCUGAGUGCGUGCCGACGGCGAUUGUCUCCUCCUCCGACGUCCAGAGGCCAACUAUUCGCCCGCGUUUAUCGUUUACUAGUCAUGCAACCCGGGUUCAAAACGAUGAGCCCUGUUCAGAUUUUGGUUGCUGUUUUGAUAGCGGCGCCUCUGUUGAUCGUGAUUCCAAUGAUUCCUCGAAGCCCAAUUUUUUAUGGAGGGGGAGGAGGAGCAGGGGCCAGGAAUUUGGACGUAGGAGCUGGAAAUACUACAUCAGAACGACCAGGGCACAGGAGGAGAAUCCUCGGCUUUGAUAAUUCUGCGAUGUUAUGGCUCAGCAUUGGAGAAAUUGUUUUUUUCCAGCUUGUCUUAUUAAUCCUCGCGCAUUAUGUAUUUACUCACCACCUCCCCUGUUUCUGCUCUCUCCUUCUUUCUCCCAAUUCAACAGGAUUAAAAAAUGACACCUCUCAACCUGCCACUGAGCUCAAAGACAAAUUCCUCGGAGGACUCCUUGCUUCUGGGUUUGACGAAGAAUCCUGCUUAAGCCGCUAUCAGUCCUUUUUGUACCGCAAAGCUUCACCCCACAUCCCCUCCCCCUACCUCCAAUCCAAGCUCCGCAGCUAUGAAGAUCUCCACAAGCGCUGCGGCCCCAACACCCUCUCCUACAACAAAACUGUUCGUCUUCUCAAAUCUCGCCGCAGCAAUAAAUCUCGUCCCCCAGACUGCAACUACGUUGUCUGGAUUUCCUUCAGUGGAUUGGGAAACAGGAUGCUCACUCUGACUUCGGCUUUCCUCUAUGCUCUUCUCACAGACCGAGUCCUGCUCGUCGACGGAGCCGAGAUGUCCGAUCUGUUCUGCGAGCCGUUCCCGGAGAGCUCAUGGCUGCUGCCCUCGGAUUCCCCUGUGAGAAAACAACUCAAGAACUUUGAUCCAAAAUCUCCCCAAUGUUUCGGAAAGAUGGUGGAGGAGAACGCCACGACGGCAUCGCCUGCGUUUCUCUAUGUCAAUUUAGUCCAUGACUACAAUGAGCAUGACAAGCUUUUCUUCUGCGAUGAAGAUCAAGCACUUCCAAAGAGAGUGCCCUGGUUGAUCAUCAGAUCGGACAACUACUUCGCCCCGGCUAUGUUCUUGAUGCCCUCUUUCGAUCAAGAAUUGGGAAAAUUGUUUCCCGAAAAAGAAGCCGUUUUCCACCAUCUGGCUCGGUACCUUUUCCAGCCAUCCAAUCAGGUGUGGGGACUAAUCACGAGGUACUACCAGACGUACCUGGCCCGGGCGGAUGAAAAACUUGGAAUUCAAGUAAGAACUUUCGCCGUCGGCAAAGGCCCUUUCAAGAAAGUUAUCGAUCAAAUCUUAGAAUGCACAUUGAAGCGGAAAUUGCUACCACCAGUAAACCCUAAAAAGCCCCAAUCGCCCACUGCUGCUUCCCCAAAUCCGAAAUUGAAAGCUGUUCUGAUGACAUCUUUGGUGUCUGGGUACUCCGAAGCCGUAAGGAAUAUGUACUUGGAGCAGCCGACGGCGACGGGGGAGAUGAUCGGAGUGUUCCAGCCGAGCCACGAGGAGUAUCAGCAGAACGGGAAUUUAGCGCACGAGAGGAAGGCGUGGGCGGAGAUUUACCUGCUGGGCUUGACGGAUGUGCUGGUGACGAGCACGUGGUCGACGUUUGGAUAUGUGGCGCAGGGGCUUGGGGGUUUACGGCCGUGGAUAAUGGUGAAGCCGAAGAACAGGACGGAGCCGCCGUGCCAGAGAGUGGUGUCGAUGGAGCCCUGCUUCCACUCGCCGCCGUUGUGGGAUUGCAAAGCCAAGAGAGGGGCUGACACGGCCGCACUGUCGCCUCACUUGCGCCACUGCGAGGACAGGACAUGGGGGGUUAAGCUCGUUGACCCUCAUCCCGAAUCAUAGUUUGAUCUGUAACUACCAUUUAAAUUAGUUAUUCGGAAGUUAAGAUUUCAAAUUUUAUGUUACUUUUUUUUUUUGUUCGCAAAAUGUUAAUUUUUAAUAAUAAAAAUUGAGAUAAUAUUUGUGAGAAU